CACCGUCUCCUCAGACUCUGAAGAUGGAGGUCGUGAUGCCCCGAACCCUCCUCCUGCUGCUGUCGGGGGCGCUGGCCGUGACCGAGACCUGGGCGGGCUCCCACUCCCUGAGGUAUUUCUACACCGGCGUGUCCCGGCCCGGCCGCGGGGAGCCCCGCUUCAUCGUCGUCGGCUACGUGGACGACACGCAGUUCGUGCGGUUCGACAGCGACUCUGCCAGUCGGAGGCUGGAGCCGCGGGCGCGGUGGGUGGAGCAGGAGGGGCCGGAGUAUUGGGACGGGCAGACGCGGAUCUGCAAGGACACCGCACAGACUUUCCAAGUGGACCUGAACACCAUGCUCCGCUACUACAACCAGAGCGCGGCCGGGUCUCACAACAUCCAGAGCAUGUACGGCUGUGACGUGGGGCCCGACGGGCGCCUCCUCCGCGGGUACUAUCAGGGCUCCUACGACGGCGCGGAUUACAUCGCCCUGAACGAGGACCUGCGCUCCUGGACCGCGGCGGACACGGCAGCGCAGAUCACCCGCCGCAAGUGGGAGGACGCGGGUGAUGCAGAGCGCUGGAGGAACUACCUGGAGGGCACGUGCGUGAAGUGGCUCCGCAGGUACCUGGAGAACGGGAAGGAGACGCUGCUACGCGCAGAACCCCCCAAUACACACGUGACCCGCCACCCCACCUCUGACCAUGAUGUCACCCUGAGGUGCUGGGCCCUGGACUUCUACCCUGCGGAGAUCACCCUGACCUGGCAGCGAGAUGGUGAGGACCUGACCCAGGACACAGAGCUUGUGGAGACCAGGCCUGCAGGAGAUGGAACCUUCCAGAAGUGGGCGGCUGUGGUGGUGCCUUCUGGAGAGGAGCAGACAUACACAUGCCAUGUGCAGCAUGAGGGGCUGCCCAAGCCUGUCACCUUGAGAUGGGAGCCAUCUUCUCCCACCAUCCCCAUCACGUGGAUCAUUGCUGGCCUGGUUCUCCUGGUGGUCACUGCAGUGAUUGGAGCUGUGAUCUGGAGGAAGAAGUGCUCAGGAGAAAAAGGACCAGGUUACUCUCAUGCUGCACGCGAUGACAGUGCCCAGGGCUCUGAUGUAUCUCUCACGGUUCCUAAAGUGUGAGACCAGCUGCCUUGUGGGGACUAAGAGAUGGAAGAUUUCUUCACACCCCCACUUGGUGACAUCAGCAACCCCUAACUUCUCUUUGUGCAGAUGUCAGAAUGUGUCUGUGUUCCUUUGAGCAUAAUGUGAGGACAUGAGAUUUGCCCACCCUGCCCAUCAGACCCCUCCCUAUUCUGAUUUUAUUCUCUUUUCUGAUGUGCUUUCCUGUUCCAGCAGAGGCAGGACUGGACCAUCUCCAUCCCUUUCCUUAUUUCAUGUUGGGCUGAGUAUGAAUGACUUACUUCUGUAUUGAAAAUGAGAAUCCAGACAGGAGUUGUGUUUCCUAAUUCUUGCCAUAUGGGGUUGAUGAGGUAAUAAAAGAGGAGAUUUGUAAAAUUGAGACAGCAAAUAAAUGGAAGCACUGAGAACCUUCCAGAA